AUGGCCGACAACGAGAAACUAGAGCUCGGCGCUCCACCAGCGUUCAAUGGAGACCGAUCUAGGUUGGAAGCGUUUACAGCUCACUGCAAAAUGGUGAUAAAAGCGCAACCCAAGAAAUUCGACAGCGACAAUAAGAAGAUAGCGUAUGCCCUUUCGUACAUGAAAGAGGGAAUCGCAGAACAAUGGAAGACUCAGUACAUCAAGGAUGCAACGACAACCGGCAAUCUUAGAGCAAGCCAAACGUUUGAUCAGUUCAUAACAGAACUCGAGACGGCGUUCAAACCCCUGGAUAAAGGAAGAAGAGCAAGAGAUAUUAUCGAUCGACUCAGCCAAGGACAAAGCUCCGUCGACGCUUAUAUCAGCGUGUUCAACUCCCUAGCCAAUAAUUCAGGGUACGAUAACCGCUCAUUGAUCAAG